CGCGCGUUGCUUGCCGCCAGUCGUGAGCCGCGCAUCAACCCAUCGCUCGCAGCAAUCUCGUGACAGCUGCGUCUGGAGCUGCCGAGCCACAGGGAGACUUGAGUGGUUUUUCUUUUCUUAUAUAUGACCGGGCAGGGACGCUGAAAAAAAUCGACACCCUGGCCUGGACGAAGCCGGAAAAAAAGAACGACUCCAACAUAGAGCGCCUGUUGACCUGCGCUCGACUUCAGCCUUGCAUGGUGCACCCCCUCUGCUCGCCGACGACUCCGAGCCUGCAUCGCUCUGGACUAGAGAACCCAACCGCCGUCGUACGAUCCAUGCUGCCUGUCUCGGCUGCCAUCUAAGCAUCGAGUCAAUCACGGCCUGCCAUCGCCAUCCCGCAAAGCCGCAACAAUGGCUGUCAUCGACCAGGUCGCCAACGUCGUCGCCCACGUCGUCGUGAGGGCUGCGACCGAAACUGCCUCUUCGACAACAUCAGAUACUACUAGCCCGCAGACUGCUAUUCCCUCCAACACAAAUAACAGCAAUAAUAACAACAAGGGCGGCGGCUCCAGCUCUCCGCUGCUGUUCUUCGUUGCGCUGGGCUUUGGUGUCGUUUUCACAAACUUGUGGAUCAUCGUUGGCGUCAAGUACUGCUUCAGAUACAAUGCUCGUAACCGGGCACGCAUGACCAACGAAGAUGGCGAGCCCAUCACUCUCGAAAACAUGCCCCGCCCUCACCGAAGGAGACGCGAAAAGAAACUCAUGACCAUGGACGAGGUCAACGACAAGUUCCCUAUGAUGAAGUACAAGACUUGGGUUUCGCAGCGAGCUAGCGAAGGGUUGCCCACAUCCGGAGGAGUUGGAACGCCCAGUCGGCCGAACAGCGUUCAUAAUGCAGAGGGUGCUAUUCCCGACCUUGCUGCGAAAGAACGUCCUUCGACGGAUGCUCGGGCCACUGAGGAGCCUGCAUCCACCGCCACCAAGCCCGAACCCGCCAAAGAAACUACCGACACAAAGGUAGAUGACGAUAAGAAGGACGUCACAGUUGUCGACGAAACGCCCGAGGAUGGUCCCGUGAAGCCCCAUCAUAACUUAAAGCGAACGACAACCGAAGAGGAAGAGGAUGAAGAGGAAGAGGAGGACGACGAGCACAUCACCGCUGCCCUGCCGCCGGAACUUCUCAACACAUCUGGCGAUACCUGCGCCAUUUGCAUCGAUACCCUCGAAGACGAUGAUGACGUUCGCGGACUGACAUGUGGCCACACUUUCCAUGCUGUGUGCGUCGACCCUUGGCUGACCAGCCGCCGCGCAUGCUGCCCGCUGUGCAAGGCCGACUACUAUGUCCCGAAGCCUAGACCCAACCCCGAGGGUGAUGCUGCCGCGACUGGCAACCCCACCAAUCUCGAUCCGCGUCUGAAUUCUCGAAUGAAUCUGCCCAUGGGUCUAUCAACGGCCUGGUUCCGGUCUUCGAACAACCGCAACAGCCGCAACAGCCGCAACAACCGCAACAACCGCAACAACAACAGCAACGACAACUCGAGAACUCAGUCCUCUCUGCUGCGGUUUCCAGGGCGGCGACGAGCACAGGAGGCGGCGCUUGAUGCGACAGCACAGGCCCGACAGACUCAGGUAGCAAACAAUACUGCAGAGACAUCUCAGCCGUCUGCUCCUGCCACCAUGCUUUCGUCUGUCCGACAUGCUAUCCGCUUUGGACGGACAGUCGAGCCGGACCC